GCACCACAUAUGAAAGUUGCACGUAGAUACCACCAAGAAAGGGGGUAGAUCAAAACUGCACAAAGAUAGGCUCGGUGAAGAAAAGGUCCAAACACGACGUGCACCUCUUGUACCAGCCAUUGUCAUAGCACAAGGAAAAUAAAAUGUCUAGCUCGACACAGUCUAUUUUGCGACUAGAGUCGCUUCGCGCGCGACGCACCAAAGAUCUCUCUUCCGCAGCGGGAACGCCUCUAUCGUCGACUAGUGCCGGGACUACAGCAGCAAUAAGCUCUUCUCGUGGAGCUGCACAACCACAGCCCAGUGGUAAGAGUACUAAAACAUUCGGUCGAAAACCGGAGCAGCUGAAGCAGGCUGUCAGUGCCGUACGCAAUAGUAGAACACGGGCACGGACACCAGGCGCGGCAACGCCAACGACGCUAGGCAAAAGUGCGGGUACGGCUACAACAAGUGUGUCAGCCUCCCCGCAAGAGGAUACAGCGACUUCUACCACGGAUGAACCACUCGACGACAGGGCAGAGCGCAUUUGCAGUAGAAAAACGUCAACGGCUCUGGACCAUCUUGCUUUUGAUGUUGGAUCUCACGCGAAGAAGGCAAACGUUACCCCAGCAGCAUCUUCAGACGAGACGAUCGAACAACAACUUGAGGCAUGGCUCAACCAAUGCGAGGAUGAAACACAAGACGCCGAAGCCUCCACUCGUCCUAAAUCCUCUAUGUCUAAGGCGGAGAGCAGCCCAGCGCAAGAGCAAGACGAAGAGUCACCAAAGAAAACUAUAUCCGAACAGUUAAGGGAGACGGGUUUCAGAUUUAGUUUCGCAUUGACCAAAAAUGUUUUCAUACGUCGCAACGUAACCAAGAAAAUAGAUAGAACGUCGCGUCGAGCAUGCUGCUUGUCGGAAAUUUGUUGACCGCAGGUCUAGUGGACCUCAUUUACAGGGCUGUCAACAAGCUUUGCUGGUCAUUCUAUCGUCAUUCUAUUGAGGCAGCAGUGCUGCCGGAUGUACUUCUAGUUCUAGGUUCUAGCCCUAACCGUUGCUGUCGACGUCGAACUAGCGCAACGGCAGGGUGCUCCUGGGCUUGCAGACGACGAAGGCGCGAACUCUGUUGUACAAGGAAAUGGCACAGAAGCAGAUACUGAAGCUUAUUCUUCAACUUCAAGCCAACAAGAGACAAUACAAAAGGAUGCAGAGCCAGAGCAGGGGAGUGAUCAAUGCUCGGAAGUGAAGACGAAGACUCCUGUCGACGAGAGCUCUCAGCGACCAGCGUCGCACGUCUCUAACGUGCGUGGCAGUGAUGAAGCAGACAGAAAAUCCGGUGCAGCGAGCAGGCCAACACCAAGAAGGUACUCUUGCUCACCUAAAAAUGUGCUUACUUUCUGUGGCAUGCAUGCAGAUCUGGUUUUACAGUUACAUUGAUGUGUGAAAGUGAAUUCAAUUGUAACAAACAACCAGUUAUGCGUCCUUUGUGGUGUUGCAACAAUCAUUCUUGUCAACAUUCGUCCUGUACUUUUAGAUCUGUAGCAGCGACUCCGACUCCGCUUCGGGAAGCCUUCAACUUUCGAACAGAACUGGCACGACUACCCCUCGAUCGGCAAAAGCGCGUCACAAAUGUGCAAGUGCUUGGAUCUAGCGGAAAUUUGGUGCACUUCGAUAUUCAAACACGCAGCUCUACAGUACAACACACGUCGAUGACAGAAGAGGAGAGGAACGAGGACGAGGAUGUAUCUACUUCAGAUACGAGUUCAUCUUCGCCACGAAAAGCUAGUACUUCUUCUGCGAGUUUUGUGAUGAGGAUAUCGCAUUUGGAGGACUACCCAACGCGGAUGGACUGUGUCAGUGUGCAGUCAGAAGGCGACACCGUGCCGUGUGCUGGUGUGCUUUUCCGCGUUUGGUCCUCGCUGCAACAGUCUAUUAACGUGUAUAACAGGGAUGACUACGCAGCGCGUGUUGUCGACGCCCUUAUCGAUAAAAGUGACGCCGUUUACGGAAUUCCUCGCUCACGGAAUCAACGGCCGAAUGAAUCAGCAUCGGCCGCUCCUGGCGUAUCUGAUCUGCAUCUUCGGGGGAAGAAGAGCAAGAGUAGCAGCGUAAAAACUACGCUGAAGACAAAGCGACCGCCAGGGGCGGCAAUACAAAAAACGGAACAUUCAGAAGCAGCAGGCAAGGGAACGAAGAGUCGAGAUUCCUCAUCGACUUCCAGUUCUACGGCGACGCAGUCAUCGUCCUCUUCUUCACAAAAAAAAAAAUCGUCAGAAUCUACGAGCAGCAAGAAAUUGGAAGGAGAAAAAGACACGGCGUCGGAUGAAGCGCAGUCGAGACAAACAAAGACUGCUCUUGAAGAGUGGCUCAGGACAGGCGAGUCCGGCGAGGAUUUGACGCAAACCGUGAGUUCCCUGGCCGAUUUGGAGUGGGCAGAACUACGAGCUAUCAUAGCAGCACGUGAAGCAGUGCACGAAGCGACCCAUGAACGCUACGUCCCGCGACAAAGGCGCAUAUUCGACGACAGAGGCAACUUCAUAGAAGAUAUCGAGAACUCAUCGCACAAGACAUUCGUUGAUGGAAGGAGUGAAAAAGCAGACUUUGACAGGAGCGACGAAGGGGAGGUGGAGACUCCACCAGGGGGUGCAGAAGCCAGUCAAUCUCUGUUAGAAACUAAGGAAUCAGCAAUAGACUAGGGAAGCAGCGUGCACUUAAUAUGUUCUUUGCCCCAUUCCGACGACCCUGUUUUUGUUCUUGCAAAGCAUCUAGGUAGAACAACUUCUACGCAGACGCCGCUGUGCGUAAAAAUAUCAGUUACGCACAUUUAUCAAGCACUUCUAGUUGUUAGACGUGCAAGCACGUGGCUUUUUUUACAACAGGUGGGGCCAGAGAAUUCGACCGCGG